AUGGCUAAUACAGCAGCUGAGAAUCCAGAGCCACAAUCGGAUUUCAAGGGAGACUCUAGAAUUCCCAAGGUGGAUGGUGACUAUCCACUAAAAGUUCUUUAUUGUGGAGUGUGUUCAUUGCCAACAGAGUACUGUGAAUACAUGCCAGAUGUAGCAAAGUGUAGACAGUGGCUUGAGAAGAAUUUCCCAAACGAGUUUGCAAAACUUACAUUAGGGAAUUCUCCUAAACAGGAAUCUGUUGGUGAGGGCCAAGGGCCAGUUGGUGAGGAGGAGGAGAAGAAAAAACAAAAAAGAGGUGGUAGAGGACAAAUUAAACAGAAGAAGAAAACUGUACCACAAAAGGUUACGAUAGCCAAAAUACCUAGAGCGAAGAAGAAAUAUGUGACAAGGGUAUGCGGUCUGGCAACGUUUGAAAUUGAUCUCAAGGAAGCACAAAGAUUCUUUGCUCAAAGAUUCUCUUGUGGUGCCUCGGUAACUGGGGAGGACGAAAUCAUCAUUCAGGGAGACUUCACAGAUGAUAUUAUUGAUGUAAUACAAGAAAAGUGGCCAGAGGUGGAUGAUGACAGCAUUGAUGACCUUGGAGAAGUAAAGAAGUGA